CUAGCUAGCUACCUAUCUGAUCGAUCGAUCUCUCUGCUACUGGCCAAUCACCAUCUCGCAAAGGGGACGAUGGUGAGCAACGACGCUGACACGGGCGCUCCCAACCAGCAGGCGUCGUCCAUGGCCCCCAACCCCGGCAAGGCCACGAUCCUCGCCCUCGGCCACGCCUUCCCGCAGCAGCUCGUCAUGCAGGACUACGUCGUCGACGGCUUCAUGAAGAACACCAACUGCGACGACCCGGAGCUCAAGGAGAAGCUCACCAGGCUCUGCAAGACGACGACGGUGAAGACCCGGUACGUGGUGAUGUCGGAGGAGAUCCUGCGGAGCUACCCGGAGCUGGCGCAGGAGGGCUCGCCGACGAUGAAGCAGCGCCUGGACAUCUCCAACAAGGCGGUGACGCAGAUGGCGACGGAGGCGUCGCUCGCCUGCGUCCGCGCCUGGGGCGGCGCGCUCUCCGCCGUCACCCACCUCGUCUACGUCUCCUCCAGCGAGGCCCGGUUCCCCGGCGGCGACCUGCACCUGGCGCGCGCCCUCGGGCUUAGCCCCGACGUCCGCCGCGUCAUGCUCGCCUUCACCGGCUGCUCCGGCGGCGUCGCGGGGCUCCGCGUCGCCAAGGGCCUCGCCGAGAGCUGCCCCGGCGCGCGCGUCCUGCUCGCCACCUCCGAGACCACCAUCGUGGGCUUCCGCCCGCCCAGCCCCGACCGCCCCUACGACCUCGUCGGCGUCGCCCUCUUCGGCGACGGCGCCGGCGCCGCCCUCGUCGGCGCCGACCCGGCCCCCGCCGAGCACCCGCUCUUCGAGCUCCACGCCGCGCUACAGCGCUUCCUCCCGGGCACCGACAAGACCAUCGAGGGCCGGCUCACGGAGGAGGGCAUCAAGUUCCAGCUGGGGCGGGAGCUGCCGCACCUCAUCGAGGCGCACGUCGAGGACUUCUGCCGGAAGCUCAUGGCGGAGCGGCGGGAGGUCCUCGCCGGCGGCGAGGCCAUGGGGUACGACGACAUGUUCUGGGCGGUGCAUCCCGGCGGGCCGGCGAUCCUGACCAAGAUGGAGGGCCGGCUCGGCCUCGCCGGCGACAAGCUCCGCGCCAGCCGCUGCGCGCUCCGCGACUUCGGGAACGCCAGCAGCAACACCAUCGUGUACGUGCUGGAGAACAUGGUGGAGGAGACCCGGCGGAGGAAGGCGGCGGCGGCGGCGGCGGAGAAGGAGGCCGGCAACGGGGAGGACUGCGAGUGGGGGCUCAUCCUGGCCUUCGGCCCCGGGAUCACCUUCGAGGGCAUCCUCGCCAGGAACCUGCAGGCAACCGCGCAAGCCUGAACCUAAAAUCAGCAGUGUCAUUUGUUUACAAGAUCACUGAUAGCAAUUAGCAAUCAGCAUUGUCAUUUGCUUACAAGAUCAGUGAAAUAAGUGAGGCUCCAAGAAUUCGUCCUUGAAUGGGAUGCACAAAAUGGACAAAAAGAAACAAAUCUGAAAUCAAACAUAACAAAAGUUUGUUGUCGACC